AGAGCCAUAUUAAGGAUAUUGAGAGGAGUCUACAGAAGUGUGAAGACCCUUCUAGACCCACCAUGGCCUGUGGGUGUGCCUAAGUGGUGUUCUAAAUGUUGGAUGUGUCUUCCGCUAAGGGAAACUCUGCCGAAAUUUCGAGAUGUUCGAGCACAUCAAGGAUCUUGUGGAAGCGGAUGAUUCGGGUCCAAGGGCGUGGAAACUACUACGCGAUGUGAUUCAGCCCAACACUCUCCCGAUGGUGAUCGUGCUCGAGAAGGAACUUGCUGCCAUCUCCAUGCGACCAGGGGACGAUGUGAAGCCGGUCCUUGACAAGAUCAAGGACACCUAUGCAAGGAUGGCAGCAGCGGGUAGCAGUGUAUCUCAGCUGCAGCAGUGCACCAAGAUCAUCUCGGUGUUGGACAACUCUUGGGACAACCUCAUCCCCACCCUCAACUCUCAGCAAGAUCAAUGGACACCUGAGUGGCUAAGGCAGCAGAUUCUGCAGGAGGACUUCCGCAGACGCCAUGUGGGAGGCGGUGCUGCCACUAAGACUGCUGAGGGGUAUGGAGCUGCAGGGCGCGGCAGAGGAAGAGGGGGUUGGAGAGGCCGAGGCCGUGGGAGAAGCUUUGGCAGAGGUAGAGGCCGAGGUGACUAUAAUGAGAGGCAUGGGAGCUCCAGUGGCAGGGGGAGUACCAGAAUGGAGGGCACCUGCUGGUACUGCAAGAAGGUCGGGCAUCCUUGGUUCAAGUGCUUCAGCAGGCCGGAGGGAUGGGCACCUCCAGGCAUGAAGCCGCCAAGUGGUGAACGCGCACAAGGUGGCGCUGUGCAAGGCUCAGGUGCACAAGGUGAAGGUGCACAAGGUAACGCCUAUCCUGGGAUGUAUCUCAUGGUUGAGGAUGUGCAUGGGCAUGAGGGUGAUGUGGGAUCUGUGGGAAAGGUUGUGAUGCAUCCUCUCACGCACUGGGUGAUUGAUUCGGGUUGCACCAGUCACAUGACUCCACGGGCAGAUUUGCUUGAUGAGGUAAAACCCCCUGGGAAGAUUAAGUAUGUGGCAGCAGCAUCAGGUGCUUUGCUCCCCGUGAUUGGUGUUGGGAAUGCCAAGGUUAAGGGAGCUAAUGGGGAGCUUGUGGGGCUUGGGAAUGUUCUGCUGGUUAAAGGCUUGUCUGCUAACCUUCUCUCUGUGCGGCGACUGCAGAAGAGUAAGGCCGAAGUGACCUUUGGACCAACCAGCUGCCGUGCUAAGCUUGGGAAGAAGGUGCUGUGGAGUCUGGAAGAGGAGACCAGCUGCAUCAAGGACCUGUGGCAGCUGCCCAUCAUCCCUUGGAAUGGGAAGACUCCAACAGCAGCAACGGCAGCAGCGGCAAAGGCAACAGCAGGAGGAGAUGCAACUGCACCAAUUGAUGGGGUCCUGGAAGCAGUCAAGAAAGUGCAGCAGCAGCAGACACAUGGUGAGGUGCUUGCUGGUGUGGAUGCGAGUGCGGCAUGGGCUAAGGCUUCAUCAAGGAGUGGAGAGGCCGAUUGGGAGACAUGGCAUGAGAGGUUGUGUCAUGUGAACUUCCCUAUGCUGCAGAAGUUGGUGAAGAAUGGGAGCCUGAAGGGCUUGGAGGUGAAAGGGGAAGUGAAGGAGAUUGGGAGCUGCCCUACAUGCUUGGAGACCAAGUUCUCCAAGUUCCCCUUCAACAGUGCAACAGGACCAGCCAAGACCCCACUUGCACUUGUGCACAUGGAUGUGGUGGGGCCCACAAGAGCCCCUUCCCUCUCAGGCAGCCGCUAUUUCUUGACAAUUGUGGAUGACCACACUCGGGCAGUGUGGGUUUACCCUUUGAACAGCAAGGGGGAGGUGGCAGCGGCUGUCCUUAAGGAGUGGAUGCCUAGAGCUCAGAGGGAAUGCGGACACAAGGUGAAGGUGAUCCGCAGUGAUAAUGGUGGGGAGUUCAUUGGAGCUGAUUUUGAGGGGGAGUUGAAGAGGAAGGGGAUCCAGCAUCAACUGACAGUGCCCUACAACCCGCAGCAGAAUGGCGUGGCUGAGAGGUUCAACAGGACCCUGCAGGAGGGGGCACGCACUCUCCUUGGGCGUGCAGGGCUGCCUGAUCCAUUUUGGGUGUCUGCACUGAGGCAGGUCGCCCUUGUGAAGAACAGGGUGCUGGCUACAGUUGGAGAUAAGGAGUGGAUCCCAUAUGUCAAGUGGUAUGGGAGUGCUCCAGCUGUGAACAUGCUGAGGGCAUUUGGGUGCAUGGUGGUGUUUCAUAUGCCUAAGGAGAAAAGGGGGAAGUUGGAGGCUUCUGGAAGAUGGGGUGUGCACUUGGGGAUUGCAAAGGAUCACAAGGGGUGGCUGCUAUGGGACUUGACCACCCAGAAGUUGACAGUGUCAAGGGAUGUGAAGUUUCUUGAGUCCCUGUACUACAAGGAAUGGAAGCAGCAGCAACAGAAGCUUCCAUCUACACCGCUCAUUGUGGAGGCAGAUGAGGUGCAGCAGCCUUCAAGACAGGUGGAGGUUGCAGUGUCAGAGGAGGAGAUGUCUGGGGUGACUGAGGAAGGGGGAGCAGCUGAAGUAGAGCAGCAGCAGCAGCAGCAGCAUGAGUCUCCAUCUCGAGUUCCACACCCGCCUGAGCGACCUAGGAGGGAUGUGCGCCCUCCGGUGAGGCUGACCUAUGGGGGAAGAGGCAAGCCGAAUGUGGUGCAGGCUGGGAGUGUGGUUGAGCAGAUUGAGGAAGAUGAGAUCGCUCACUGCUACUGGGCACCAAUCCCUGAGCCCAAGACUCGAGAAGAGGCUUUGAAUGGACCAAAUGGGGAGAAGUGGAAGGCGAGUGAGGAUGAGGAGUUCGGGUCCCUAAUUGAGAACGAGACAUGGGACCUGUGUGACUUGCCUCCUGGAAAGAAGGCAAUCACUUCCAAGAUGAUCUACAGGCACAAGUAUGGACCUGAAGGGGAGCUGACCCGCUACAAGUCUAGGCUUGUGGCACGGGGGUUUCAGCAGACAAAGGGGAAGGACUAUGAUGAGGUGUUUGCUCCUGUGGGGAAAGGAACAACACUGAGGGUGCUGUUGGCGAUAGCUGCACUCCUGGGAUGGAAGAUUCGGCAGAUGGAUAUUGUGACUGCCUUUCUGAAUGGGAUCAUUAUGGAGGAGGUGUACAUGAAGCAGCCAGAGGGGCUGGAUGAUGGGAGCGGCAGGGUCUGCAGGCUGAAGAAGGCAAUCUAUGGCCUUAAGCAGGCGCCUCGUGCAUGGUAUCACAAGUUGGAGGAGGCGCUGGUGGCUGGGGGUUUCAAGAAGAGUGAGUGUGACCCCAGCCUGUUCCUGCUGCAGGAGAAGGAUGAAAUCCUCAUGCUCUUGGUGUAUGUGGAUGAUAUCCUUCUCUUUUCUGCAUCCACUGCUUUGCUGGACAGCGCAGAGCAGAUGCUGGAGAUGCAGUUCAAGUGCUCCAAGAUGGGUGAGGUGAAGUACUACUUGGGGAUGCAUGUGGAGAGAGAUGUGGAAAAGGGUGUGCUGAGGCCUAAGUGGCAUUGGGUGAGGAGAAUCCUUGAUAAGGAGGUGCGGCUGGAGAUAGUGAAGACCCAUCAGCAGGCAGCAGAUAUUUUCACUAAGCGUCUGGGUCCGUGGCUCCCUUUGCAACCGGCGACGGCGGCUGCUGUUGCGGAAACGAUGGCGGCUGCUGCUGCGGCUGCGGAGGAGGAGAUACAGAGGCAGAGACAGGCGGCGAAACCGGAGCCACAUGGCCCCCAGAGUCAGCAGACUCCUCCACCGAGACAACCGACGGAAGGGGAACUCAUCAAAAGUGACGUCACGAGAGUGAAAGAAAUGGUGAGACGGCGGGUGGUAAAAGUGCCAGUCAGAAGCAUUGAGAGGGAAGCCAAGGAAGACACAAGGGACAGUGCGGGCAUUGAGCUUGUCCGUGCCGGAGGCACGGACAUGAGCAAGGCGGCACCAGAUGUGGAACGCAAACGCGUCACCAGAGGACCCGGUCCAGAGGAGGGUCGGCGAAACCUUUGGCCGCUCGGAGUGUGCCCAGCCGACCAGAGGCGAACUCACCGCCACGGUCGGAGUGGAGACACAGCACAGGGAGACCGCGGUGGAGGCGCGCAGCGACGAGCCACAGGAUAAGUGUUGUGUGAUGUCAUCAUAUGCUAUCACAUUCUGUCUGCCUCCCAUCCCAUGUUUUUUCAACUUGCAUGUGUGGUUUGAAUGUGCAAGCAUUUGUGUGUGGUGUGUUCUGGAGUUUGGGAAUGUGUUCUGUGUUAUUUUUGUUUGAGCAGGUAUUUGUGAUAAUAGAUCUUGAGAAGAUCUUUCCGACGCAACAAGAAUCGCUUCAAUCGGAGCAAGAACGCGAAAGCUAUGAAGAUUCAAAGUUCAUGAGCUUGCGUUACAAUUGCGGCGGUUACUA